GCUCGAUCAUGUUUGAGAUGCCGAGAGGUGCGUGCAUCUGAAUCGUCUUGGUAUUCACCAAGAAAACCAAACCGGCGGGCAGCUUACCCAUCAACCAGCUAGGCGGGCCUUGGGUAUUCCUGCAAUCCUCUCCGCAGCUUCUUGAAGUACAAGAAUAAAUUCACCAUCUGGUGCAAUUGAUGUGAUAAUGUCACACCUUUUGGCACGUCGAUUACUGUGUGGUGUGGCUAGGCCUUCGUUCCACACCUGGACCCGGACACCGACCUUGAACAAACAAGCAGUUCGACAUCUGAAAAGCGUCGCUUCAAAAAAUGCAACUGAGGCCACGACCAGUCCUGUCAAGCCACCUGACAAUGUCAGAUCAUAUAUGCAGCCUAUCGUCGACAUUAGACACCCAAACUUCAUCACUCUUCCAGCCCAACAUCUUCGAAGAGCGCGAAAUAUAGAAGAGCCUCCUCUGCGGGAAAAAUUAUCAAACUUUUGGCUUCGUGACAACUGUCGCUGUACCGAGUGUGUGAACCAGGAUACUAUGCAGAAGAACUUUGAUACGUUUUCCAUCCCCCAUGAUGUACGUCCCGUUGCCGCUGGUAUUGAAGGCGACAAUCUGGUCGUUACCUGGGACCACGAAAACCACCGUAGCGUCUAUCCGCUAGACUUCAUAUACAACUACAUAUUCUCCCACAAGCCCCAAUCUGCAUUUCAUAGUCAAGUCCAAUGGACUGCCCCCGAUGUCCAAGAUAAUCCUCCGACAGUUCCAUUUGAUGAGGUCAUGAACCCGGACUCGGAGGAAGGAAUUGCAAAGUUGACCAGGUUAAUUCAAAUAUAUGGCUUCGCCUUUGUGUCCAACACUCCUGUGUCUCCCGACGAGACAAAAGUAUUGCUAGAGCAUAUUGGCCCAAUCCGCAAUACACACUAUGGCGGCUUUUACGACUUCAUCCCAGACCUGGCCCUGGCUGACACGGCCUACACAAACCUUGCCCUUCCUGCCCACACCGACACUACCUACUUCACUGAACCCGCAGGCCUGCAGGCUUUCCACCUGCUCUCUCACCACCCUCCUCCAUCAGCUCAGUCGGGCGCGGUAGCCGAAGGUGGCAAGUCGCUCCUCGUUGACGGCUUCAAAGCGGCUUACAUCCUGCGCAAAGAAGACCCGCAUGCAUUCGAGAUCCUGAGAAAGCAAGCCAUACCCUGGCAUGCUAGCGGGAAUAAGGGCAUCGCCAUCAGACCAAGCCAAAAUUUCCCGGUACUGGAAACGGCGCCAUGGCGUGUGCGAUGGAACAACGACGAUCGUGGGGUGGUGCCUUUUGGGGGAGAAUCACAAGAUGCAGACCUUGGGAAUCAAGAGCUUUGGUACGCGGCGGCAAGGAAAUGGAACGAAAUCAUAAAGAGGAAGGAGAUGGAAUACUGGGUGCAGCUUACCCCCGGUAACGUACUGAUAUUCAACAACUGGCGAGUCCUCCACGGUAGGAGCGCCUUUGAGGGUGUCAGGAGGAUCUGUGGAGGUUACAUCAACAACGACGAUUUCAUAUCCCGCUACAGAAACACCAACUUCUCUCGAGAAGAGGUCCUCCGGCAGGUGAUUGGAUGAAGGGUUGGGUUGGAUUUACGGAGUAGAGUUGGUGCAGACAAAGCGUGCCAUUCGGGAAAGACCAUUCGGGAAAGGCCAUCCUCAUGCCCGAUCACGAUUAAGCUGACCUCAACAGAGAUGGCACGAGAUAAGCAAGCACCAAUUGCUUUUCAGAAAACUUGGUUACUGCUUGCAGAAAGUUGGUGCCAAGCAUUACCUUGUUCAUGAAUCAGGGGCAUUAUAAGUUCCCCGCAGUCAGUUUGGAGCCCCUCCAAAUUUGAUCGCCCACCCACGUUCACCACCCAUCUGGUCUUACAGUGAGUGUGGUACGAGACCUAUUCUAGAAUAGAACGAGAUCUACAAACCUACUACCACCACCACCAACACAAGCCUUGGCGCACUUGGAGUGUUAUUGAUUAGAUGCUUAUUCUCUUGCAAUUCAUGGAUGCCAAUGUUUUUCUAUCAGCAACCAGCAGCAAUAAACUUGACGAGUCGCCGGUAAAACUCAAUGACUUGAGACGAAACAUUACGAACG